GUUGGAGAUCGAGGGAGACCUAGGAAGGUCUCCUCGCUGGAGAGGAAAAGAGAAAUCUGGAGGAAAUUUGGAGGAGGACAAUGAGUGGGGAGGGCAAAGGGAGAGAGAGAGGCAUUGCACCGCCCAGUUGAAGAGCUCAGCGGUUGGGAAAUGCCAGGCUUUGCAGAAAGGGGAAACUGCCAAGGGUAGAAGUCCUGUUUCCGGGUCUCCUUAACUGUGUCUGACAGACAGACACACAGUCAGAGGGCCACGAGCCUGUUUAUUGGGAACCGGGGAACCGCUUGAUCUCUUCAUCACAGGGCCGCACACCUGUGGGUUCGCUGGACCCCUGUCCGCGCCCUCCCCGCCACUCACAGGUGGACAGGGGAGAGCCGAGCCGUCUGAAACCGUCGGGACCAGCGUCCGGCCGUGUGGACGGCGUCCGGCUCAUCUGCGGGAGGCAGAAGUAGUAGAGAGGCUGAGACUUCGCUCCCAGAACCGUGGCGCACGGCCGAGGCUGAGGCCGGAGUCUGGCGGGCAUCAUGAAGAACUUCUUUGCUUUGGACCGCCAUGCUCUGCUGCGCUACUCCCAGAACGAGUCACUGUCCGCCCCCCAGGUGCCCCGCCUCAACUACCUGAGCGUCCUGGAGGACAAGCCCAGGGUCCAGAUGAAAAAGUUCCUGCUGAACCGCAUGUUCCUCGUCGCCACGGUGCUGGGCGAGGUGCAGGAGGUCCCCGUUUUCUUGGAGAGGAUGUUCCAUAAUGCUCUGAAACAUCACCAGGGGGAGCCGGUGACUGGCAUCGCCCUGCUGUACCCGGACUCUGUCCUGAUCGUGCUGGAGUCCUCCAGCGGGAGCCUGUACAGUGUCCUCCGGGAGCUCGAUAGGCCCCCGGAGCCCGGCCGAGACGCCACCCCGCUGCAGGGCAUGAAGAUCCUAGUGGUGUCCCACGACAUCCCGGCGCGACUCUUCCUGCAGUGGCACGUCUCCAUCGUCACCGUCCCCAUCAUGUACUUGGAGGACGUCACUCAGUCUCAGUCACCCGAAGAGGUGGUCACCGAGUGCCUCACCCUGGUGCUCAAACUGGGCAUGUUCCUCCUGAAGACCAUCAAGGCGGGCACCAGGUUCCCCGGGGCCAACCUCCACCAAAUGGCUCCCGAACUCCUCAUCCCGGAAGAGACCAUCAAGUACCUGUCCAAGUGUGAACUGUUCAUGACUCCGGGCCAGUUUCUGGAAAUGUACAACAGCCCCAUAUGCGUCCCCAUGGACUCGGAGAGCGUCUGGCCCGUUCCUGCCAGUCUGUAGGCCGGACGGGACCGAGGCCCUGGCCCGCGUGGCUGUGAGGCCUCACGGACCAAUGCCCCCGGGGGGACGAGGGCUUCGCCUACGCAUCUGCAUUCCCCACCGAAGGAAGGCUGAGAGGGCGUGCCCUCUCGCGGCCACAGCUAAAAACCGAGCAAGCUCCGCUGGGAAUCGGGAUAAAUAAAACUUGGAAAUGCUUCGCAUGCCAACUGAUUUCCCCACCCUCAGGUGCUAAGGAGGGCAGUGGAACAGAGAGAUGGCUCGUCCCGGAAACGGUGGCAAUCCCGCAAACUAUCUGGAGGUUGAGAAGGGAAGAUGGAUGGAAAAUUGGGAAAAUGAAAGCAAGGAGAGCAGAGGAGACAUUUUAAGGAUGAGGUCAUAGAGACACUCAGACAGUACUGCAUCGCAGCUGAAAACUAAGAAAGGAAGGCAGAGGAGACAUCUUAAGGGCAAGGUCAA